AUGGGUAAUCGAUUUAUUUGCAUGUCAAAGAAGGAUACUAAAGAUGUUGGAUCCAGAAGCAAGAGAGUAAAUCGCUCACAGAGGAAACUGCUGGCUGAGGAAGAGUUCUUGCACAGGCAAGCUCUGUCUAUGGCUCUUCAUCAGCACCAAUUGUCUCAGAGGUUUGACGGAUCCAUGUCUAGAAGAAUUGGGUCCACAAGCUCUAGGAGACUCGCUGAUCCAUUCGCUAAUGGGAAGCAGGUACCAGAAUCUUUGGAGAAUAUUAAAACAAAAAAAUUUAUUCUGGUACAUGGAGAAGGGUUUGGAGCAUGGUGUUGGUACAAAACAAUUGCUCUACUAGAGGAAGCAGGAUUGCUUCCGGUUACCUUUGAUCUCAAGGGUUCUGGUAUUGAUCUUACAGAUACUAACUCUGUUGCUACGCUGGCAGAAUAUUCAAAACCAUUGAUUGAAUAUCUAGAAAAUCUUGAAGAGGAUGAAAAGGUUAUCUUGGUUGGUCACAGUAAUGGAGGUGCCUGUGUUUCUUAUGCACUAGAGCACUUUUCGCAGAAAAUUUCAAAAGCAAUUUUCAUCUGUGCUACUAUGGUGUCUGAUGGCCAGAGACCGUUUGAUGUGUUCGCUGAAGAGCUUGGUUCUGCAGAACAAUUUAUGCAAGGGUCAAAGUUUUUGAUUCAUGGGAAUGGAAAAGACAAGCCUCCUACAGGAUUCAUGUUUGAGAAAGAGCAGAUGAAAGGGUUAUAUUUCAAUCAAUCUCCUGCAAAGGAUGUUGCUCUGGCCAUGGUUUCCAUGAGACCUAUCCCACUAGGCCCGAUCAUGGAAAAACUGUCAUUGUCACCCAAAAACUAUGGAACUAGCCGGCGGUUCUUCAUUCAAACAUUAGAUGAUCGGGCACUUUCCCCAGAUGUCCAAGAAAAGCUAGUGAGGGAAAACCCACCAGAGGGAGUGUUCAAGAUAAAAGGCAGUGACCACUGCCCAUUCUUCUCAAAGCCACAAUCACUGCACAAAAUGUUGGUGGAAAUUGCUCAGAUUCCAUAG